GAUAGACGUAAUUACAUUCUGCUCAUGAUAACAAAACCCACUUGGCACUUGGCAGGAGAUGAAAACCCCGGAGCCCAGCACACGGCGCUGCGCUUGAGUCAAAGCUUCGGGAACGUGGCGCUGGCAUAAAGCGGGUUCGGUUCGGCGCUGGAAGGAGAAUCCCAAGCAGGAAUCCCUGAGGAUUGAGCCUUAGGAAGAGCAGAACCGAGCCCUCCGAGCGGAAAAGCUGCCGGGAAGAAGGUGAGGUUUUUCCUGGGUCCCCGCAUGAGUACGUCCUCGCCCGGCGAUGGCCCCACAGCCCACGCCAGCCCGGGUGCUGUUGCUGGCCCUGUUGGCCACCUGCCUGCCAGCUGGGUGGCCCAGGGACUUCACCGUGAAGGACAUUGUCUACCUCCACCCUUCCACCACCCCGUACCCACAGGGCUUCAAGUGCUUCACCUGCGAGAGGGCAGCAGAUAACUACGAGUGCAACCGCUGGGCUCCGGAUGUCUACUGCCCAAGAGGUACCAGGUACUGCUUUAGCCAGCACAUGAUGAAGGUGACUGGGGAGAGUGUGUCUGUCACCAAACGCUGUGUGCCCCUGGAGGAUUGUCUGGCCACAGGCUGCACCUAUGUCAGGCAUGAGGAGUACAAGGUCUGCACCUCCUGCUGUGAAGGGACCAUCUGCAACCUGCCCCUGCCCAGGAACACCACGGAUGCCAUCUUCACCACCCUCUCCCCCCUCAACAAAACCCCGGGGCUCUCCCAGCCCCUCCUGCUGCCCACUGCCUGCCUCUGGCUGGGGCUGAUGUCCCAGCUUGGGGACAGGCUGCCUGGCAGCUGAGCUGGGGACAGAUCUGCAGCAACCUUCAUCCUCUCCCCCCCAUGGAGCUCGGGAAUUGGGGUUAAUGCUGAAACAGUGAGCCCAGGAUGCAGCAGAGCUGAGGGGGGGACAAACCUUCACAUUGCUCUGCUCUUCUCUGAAGAAACUCAGGGCAGAUGUUCCCAGGAUCCAUGCAUACUCUUUCUUCUUUUUUUUUUUAUUUUUCCUCCAUGAAGAAAUGUCAUUUAAAGGCACUCCAUCCAUCCCUGUCAGUGCUUCUGCCAUCACCUCCACAGCUGGAACAUCCUGGCUGGAAUGUCACAGCAGGAAAACUCUGGUGUCUCCUUACCCUGUACGAGAACAUUGGAUAAAUCCCCAGCCAUAAAUGGCUUUUGGGGUCUCCCCACAGCUCCUGCUGCUCCAGGAGAGGGCAGGAAUUGGCAGCAGGAGAUGGAUGAGGACAAAGGGGGAGCAGCAGAGUUGGGCACCUUCCUCUGACACCUUCCUUGGACAGGGAUGUCUGACAUCUUCCUUGGACAGGGAUGUCUGAUACGUUCCUUGGGCAGGGAUGUCUGACAUCUUCCUUGGGCAGGGAUGUCUGACAUCUUCCUUGGACAGGAAUGUCUGACAUCUUCCUUGGACAGGGAUGUCUGACACCUUCCUUGGGCAGGGAUGUCUGACAUCUUCCUCUGAGGUAUCCAUGUCAGGAGCACCCCCUGUGCCAACACCCAAAGGAUUUUCCUGUAGAAUCCAACCAGAGACACUCAACAAACUCCAUUCCUCAGCCCUGCUCAGAGGGGAGGUGGAUGCUCUGCCCUGGACCCUCAGCUCCCAGGAGGUGCUGGGUGUCCAGGUUGAGAUGCUGGUGCCUGCUGAGCCAAAUCCCUGCUGGUUUUUCUCCUCUUUUGGCACAGGAGAGAGCAAAUGGAUCCUGCAGAGCUUCUGGUAUUUUCUGUCGUGUGUUCCCACUGAGGAGUGGGGACUGCUCCAAGCUCCAGCUUUGUUUUGGUGACCCGAGUUGCUUGGUUUAGCUCAGAAAUCACAUCUGCAGAAAUAUGCAAUAUUUAUUUUUGGAUCUUGAGGAGGAUCUGAAGGGUUUGGAAGAUUCUUAACACUGAUCUUGCCAGGCAAAAAAAAAAAAAAAAAAAAAAUGGUUGCUUUGCAAUUGGUUGAGCUUGGAUUAUAUAAAUUAUCAUAAAUCUCUCUAUAUUUAUAUCUAUAAAAUGUUUUACAGUACUACUGAUAAAGACUCAGCUCUGUUUU